AUGUCUCUUCCACCCACUACCGACGUACUCAUUGUUGGCGCUGGCCCGGUUGGCCUUCUUACCGGGAUUGGCCUUACCCAACAAGGCGUUUAUUGUGUUCUUGUCGAAAAACGAGAGCGCGGUGUCCAGGCCACCUUUGGCCGUGCGACAACGCUUUACCCAAGGUCCUUGGAGCUUCUCGAGCAGCUGGAUGUGGCUGAUGACUUGAUUCAAGAGGGCUUCGUAUCUCGAAGCAGUAUCAACUUCAAAGAUGGGAAAAGGGUGAAUGAAAGAGGGUGGAACCUCAUGUUCGAUCACUUCAAGCCAAGUUACCAUGACUAUGCUCUAAACAUUCGUCAGCGGUAUUCGGAGGAUGUCUUUCGAAACCACUUCGAAAGCUACGGCAAGUCGGUUUGGUUUUCCUGGAAGCUCACAACUUAUGCCAUCGACACUUCACUCGGUGACGGGUACAAUGUUACAGCUACUCUUGAACACAAGGCGAUGGGGAAGGCGCCUGUCCGCUGCAAAUAUCUUGUUGGAUCCGAUGGUGGCUCCUCGUCGGUUCGGCAAUUGACUGGCAUCGAUCUUGACCUGGAUCCAACCACCCACGAAUGGAUUCGAAUUGAGGGCAAAAUGACAACUGAUAUGCCUGAUUCAAACAUCGGGUUUGCUUCGAUCGAGACAGAGCAUCACGGAAAUAUCCUGUGGGUGAAGCUCGACCGGGAUACCUACCGUGUUGGGUUUGCUCUUACGCCUGCUCUCCUCGCAAAAUACCCAAACGGCAUCACCCAAGAUGAGGCUUCGAAGGAGGCUGCCGAGGGAAUGAAGCCGUUCAAGUUGGAAUUCGACAGACUAGACUGGUGGACUCACUACAAAGUCGGACAUAUCACUAACUUGGAUGUUACCAAGAUCAACCAGAGCGUCGCACAGGUUUUGCAAAAGGACCAAUUUGUUCUCAUCGGAGGUGAUGCCGCCCAUACUUAUUCCUCUGGUUUUGCUCAGGGCAUGAACACGGGCAUCCACGGCGCUACAAAUCUCGUCUGGAAGCUUGCGGGAACCAUCAAGGGGUGGUAUAAGCCUUCGGUUCUCGAGACAUAUGCCUCGGAACGGCACGCGGCAGCAAAGAAACGAAUUGGAAUUGACAAGCACGCCGCGGCUGUCAUAUCUGGAGAAAUCCCUGCGCAAUACCGGGGACUCGGGAGAACUGCAGAUGAGAUUUUGUGGAAGAUCUUUGGCGAGAACAUUGGCUUUAACGUCAGACUGGGAGUCACAUCGGCCAAAAAUGUCAUUAACCAAAGCCCUCUCAUGACCACUCUCCCAUGCGGCGUCCGCAGCCCUGACGCACUUCCCUCUCCAGAGACCCUGCCCAUGUUUGCUGGGCGUCACGACGGGAUGAUCCGACUUGUUACACGGAUGAUUGGAACCGCCGGCAGUGGGUGGGAGAUAUCGGGUGGGCCUCCCCUGGGAAGAUUCUUUAUUGACGGUGAUGGCACUUGCCACUCUGAGUAUGGACUGGAUAGCAAGUCGGGUGCUCUUAUUAUGACCUGCCCCGAUGGUAUAUCGGCGUGA